ACGCGGCCUACGUCACGCAAAUGGCGGACCUUGUAAACAGAGCCAGCAGCUUCUCGGAGGCCGAAGAGAAACGCGUGUUUUAAACAUGACCAACGUGGAGAUGGAGCGGAUGGACAGUCUGGAGGGCUGGGUGGCCGUCAAGAGCAACAUAUUUGAGGAGCCGGAGACCUUUAAGCUGGGUUUCAUCGUGCAGUGGAACGUCAUCGAGCGGAAGUUUGCGGUCACCUGCCACAACCGGACACUGCAGCGUCAGAAACGCAAAGCGGAAGUGGUCGCGGACGACGCUCAGGUGAGCUGGGCUGGACUCUUCUCCGUCAGCGACCUGAAGCACGUCCACCAGCAGCUCACGUGUGUGGCGGACGUGUUGGUGGCCUGCUUCCCGGACCUGUCACAGUUCGAGGGGGGCAACAUUUGGGACCUGCUCUUCCUGAAUAGGAGGUCGGGUCCGGGUGGGGGUGAUGGGGGUGAUGAAGAUGAUGAUGAGGAGGAGGAGGAGAGGGACUUUGACUCGUCCUGUAGGAAGCUGGAGAAAUACUUCAGCACCGCCAUCGACAUCUGCGGGCGUAAGAUUGUGCUCGACACGUUGUUCACGCAGGACGAGCGGGAUGUGGAGGAGUACUUUGAAAACCUGCAGGAGUUCAAGAGGAAGACCAUGCAGGAGGAGAUGUCGAGGGCCAAGGGGCUCGUGCGACAGCUCCUGCAGAGUCACGGCAGUGCAGACCGAAUGGUCGCGCUGCUCUGCAUCUACGAGGAAGAAGACGAGGCCUACCAGGACCUGGUCACCGUGGCCACCACCUUCUUCCAGUAUCUGCUCCAGCCUUUCAGAGACAUGAGAGAGCUGGCCUGCCUCUACAAGAUGGAGAUCCUGAAGUCUUUGGAGUUUGAGGACUUGGGUCCUAAGAGAAUUGCAGCUCUGGAGAAGGAGGCGGAAGAGUGGAGAAUGAAAGCAGAAGACGCAGUCGCCUCAAUUCAGGACAUCACUGUCACCUACUUUGCACAGACUUCAAAGGCUCUGGCUGGUAUGUUAAAGCAGAUGGAGGAGGAUAAGCGUCGUUUCGGAGCUGCUGCCUGGGCGUCUGCAGCUCCCAGACUGGAGAAACUGCGCUUCCUUUUGGCCAAAGAAACGCUGCAGCACAUGAGAGCUGCAGAGAUGUGCCUGAACCGCAAGAAAAACCGCAUCAGACAAAGGUUGGGCAGCCUGUCUGGCAGAGUGAAGAGCCACAUAGCUGAUUCCAGGUCUGCGUCCGAGGACAACCAGCAGCAGGAAACAGUGGACCAGCUGGAGCUGAGAUUCUAUGAAACCCAACUAGAACUGUACGACACCAAGUUUGAGAUCCUGAAGAAUGAGGAGCAGCUGCUGGUGGCUCAGAUAGACACGGUGCGGCGGCAGCUGAAAGAGCUGAAGGAGGAGGUGGUGUACUAUGAUGUGUGUGAGGAUCCAGAGGAGCUGCAGAGCCUGGUCCACACGGGUAUUCAACAAACUGACCCACCGGCUGUCAGUCAGCUCAAAAGACGCCUGCAGACCUUGGAGACCAAGAGAGGCAGCAUCUGUGCCCGACGAGCUUAUCUUCGUAACAAAAAGGACCAGUGCAUGGAGGCCAACGAGCAGAAGCAGCUGCCCGCCAAGCAGAGCUCAAUGCUCUUCAACCAGCAUCAUCAAGUCCACCUGAAACGAGAGAAGAGGAAGGAGGAGGAGCAGACGAGGAAGCAGUGGGUGGACCAGGAGCGAGAGAAGACUCUGAGCAGAUUACGAUCCUUCAGAGAGAGGCGACAGGGCCAGUUCAUCCUGAAGACCCCUCAGUCCAUGAUGUCUUCGUCAGAAGUGCCGUGUCCCUCCCAGCCGCUGUCCAUCAUCUGCUUCGGCCCUGAAGGACCACCCUCCGUCCGACCAGCACCCAGACGCAAUAAAACACCCAAGAAACAGCAGCCUAAAGACAUCCCUGUCCAAAUCUACUCUGCACCGCCACCUCCAACAACCACCUGCUCUGCUGCACCACCUCCUCCUCCUCCCCCACCACCCCCACCUCCUCCACCUCCCCCACCACUGCCCCCUGCCAUGCCUCCUCCACCUGUCCAAGCAUCGCCUUCCUCUGAAGACGCACCAAUGCCUCUCAGUGAAAAGGAGGACCCUCCUUUUCCAGCCAAGAACAUGCUCAAACAAAAUAUAGGAUCAAUGGAUGAAGUGUUGGCCUCGUUGCAACGUGGACAGAUUCGGCUUCGAAAGGCCCCCGCUCCCCGGACAGAGACCCCUGCUGGGGACACGAGGAGCACUCUGAUGUCGGCCAUCCGACAUGGAGUCACCCUGAAGAAGAUGGUUCAUGCACGUGCAGACGUCCCGAACAGUGGAGACAACGAUCUGGAGCGCAGCAUCAAAGCCGCCAUGAUGAGGAUGAAGAAGGUGGCAGCUGAUUCUGACGAGGACGACAGAGGAGACGACGAGACGCAGAGUACAGAGUGGGACAGCUGAGAAAACACAAAUGCACACACACACACACACACACACACACACAAACGCGCACACACACACACCGAUGAAGCUGUUCUCUUACAUUACCCCCGCUCUGUUUUCUUCACGGUUCUGUGCUACAGCUUACGUUGCUGCCAAAUGUUCACAGAGAAAGACUCGGAUGGGAUUACGCCUCUUCUCACUUAAACAUUGCAGUUUUUCAAAAUAGCCCUGAGAUGUUGUAAUACAUCCAAAUCCAACCGACCAGCUCGUGGCUGGUAUGCAGAAAUCCCAAACAGAGCGAGCUGGGCAUUGCGCUCCAAUGCUCAUUAAGAAGAAAAAGCCGAGCGGUUGUGCUGUAGUACAGAUGAUUACAUUUCUUCCGAAUGACCAUUUGAAGGCCUUUUGUGAGACUGUCACACAGCAGGGGAAGCCCGAGAGACGACAACAGUAGACAACUCCACUGUCACAAAUACUCAUUUUCUAGAGUCUAAACUUGCCUGUCUUCUGUUAUUUUGAAUGUAAUUAAACAUUUUUUACUUGACUUUCCCCCCCAAUAAGGGCUGCAGCACACUGAGUUUUGUAGUUUUUUGCAUUUUAUUACUUAACAAAGGAGAAAUCGUGUCCUGGAGCGCAGCAGUGUUAAUUAUUUGCAGCCUACAUGUUUAAAGUCUACGUCACUGUUUGUAUUACAGGUUCGAUGCACUGUCCUCCCCUCCGUUUUUCUCUUUGUGAAGGAAUUGUAUAAAUGUGUAAGGCUUGUUUCCUGCGCAAUCUAUACGUCAUCUGAUAAUUCUUCCUCUGUCUUACCAUGACAAAUGAAGUGACAAGUUUAGAACACUAAAUCAUUUUCUUUUCAGCUAACCAACACUUCUUUUAAAUAUUGAAUUACUCUUUAAUGUACACAGCUCUUCAUCUAGUUGUGACUCAGAGCACUUACGUGAAAAGAAAAGGCUAUAAUGUGUUAUGUACAAAAAAAUACAAUACUGUAUGACAAACAGCAUUAAACCGUUUUCAGAAUAUGAAACUUGAUCCGCUUUCUUUUAAUAAUAAAUGACAC